UUGAAAAAAGUCUCUAGAUCUGAACUUCUCUUAUAACUUCAUGAGCGAAUCCCGCCGUCGGAGCCGUUUCAGCAAUGUCUUUCGAGGCACAGUUGAUAUCUUCCUUCGCCAAGUUGGUGUCAUAUAAAUUCAAGUACUCCAACCUUCCUGGAUGCAGUCAACUUCAAAGCCUUUGGGUGCAUAAUGGCUUUUAGAUACUCACCGGGAGAUUUUCGAGCUGAUUUCUAUCAUCAUGACCCAUACCCGUAUCAAUAUCUCAACCAAGGCUACGGGAAUCAACCAACACUUUCACUUGGACAAUCAAUCACGAAAGUUUCCGAACAUCAGUUGCAAGCUCAAAACCUCCAAGGAUUAAUUCAAGUUAUUGCCUUGAUCGCUGUCAGCCUCUUCACGAGUUAUAUUAAUGAGAAAAAUAACAAAGGAUUUCAAGAACCAGUGGUUAAGAACAACACCAGUAGUAAUUCUACACCAGCUCCAGCGCCAAUGCCUGUUACAGUAAACCCACUUAUAUCAAUCCUCUUUAAAGUCCCCGAAGCAGGGGCUGGAAUUACCUUUCAUCUUACACAAAGCCAAAUGCACCCACUUACCACUGGGCAGACCAACGAUCAAGGAGAGUUCAGAACCUCGGUAAGUACUUUCUUGCUUUACUUAUUGUAUGCAGGAUGGGUUUUUCCUUCAUGGAUACGAUUCUUUACCUCUGCUGCCAAGAAUGUCUAAAAGUAAGUUUACUAAAGCUACAAAGCCAUGAGCAAAACAAUUUCGAAAUUGGCUUUUUAUGAAGAACGUCGCACCUCGUUGAUGAUUCUACAUAGAAGUAGAAUAACUCGAUAUACCCAGUGUGAUCCUUUUUUAUGUGCCACGAACAAGAGAGUUAUUAAAGGCUUAAAAAUUUCCCGUCCCUUCAAAUAUAAGGAAAAUGCCAUUGUUUUCAUCGGCCAAAUGUGAACAAACAUCAAACAUUGAAAAAUGUUUAACUUCAACUUUGUUACAACUGUUUUUGACUGUUCAGGUGUUACCCAAUGUUCCAAUUGAGGUGGCCAUAAGCGGGACCAUAGACGGUGACAAGAUAAUCAAUGUCACUCAGACAAUCCCACCGUCUCCUGGAGUCUUCCAGUUUGUCAUACCCACCGUCAAGGAAAUAGAUUUGAAUGAGGGGGAAUUCAUGGCGGUUUUGACCUGGCCUUCAGCUGUUCUUGAUCUCGAUUUAGCGGCCUUGGGGAUAGCUUACGGAUCAUGCCAUUGUUUGCACUUCUUUGGUGGCGACGAGGGCCCAUGUGAUAUGGGAGGAAAAGUUGUUCUCCAACAGGAUAACAUCUUGAACUCUGGCAUUGAAUCCCUGAGGUUUGGUUAUCGAUAUGCAGUUGCCCGGUCCAAUAAUUCUCUCGCAGGGAGAAACUCGAGGGAGAGAUAUGACAUUUUUGUUCAUAAUCCAGAAGAGGUACCGAGCAUAGCGAGAUCCGGUGCAAUCAUCACAGUCUUUUACGGAAAAACUUCGAAAACGGUCAAUGUCCCAACCUCGGACCCCAACUCAAAUAGCUUAUUUUGGUUUGCGGGCUCUUUCAAUGUGGACACUGGAGUAUUUGAAGAAACACCCGUGUCUGAGUCUUUUGUUGAUCUGAGAACCCAAGGUGAUUGUACAGAACUUAUCCAAAAAAACUACGGUGGUAUUUAAGAAAACGUACACCACAGCAUCCAGAGGAUCUACGAUUGAAUCAACUUACCAUACGGUAAACAGGCUGGUUUCAGGAAUGAUGAAGAAAAAAAUGUUUUUUUUUUCAUACACGAUGUCACCCAUUUUUUUGCUAUUUAUCGAAACAUUAAAUCCACAUUCAUUCAUGCAUUUUGUAUAUAUAAAAAAAAUGACACAUCUGGGCUAGGAAAUGAAGAAAGCAUCAAUAUUUAUUUCAAGUGGGUAAAGUGCAUAGAUUUGUAAUCGGUGAUAAAAAGCUUUAAGUCAAAAAACAGCUGUGUAGUACGAUUCUAAAAGCUAUAGCCCCAAUAGUAAUUGCACCCCUGACAAAGCUUUUAAAUAUGU